AUGGACUACAUUGGCAACUCCGAAGUUCAAAUGCUUUCAGAGACAUGGGAUGAAGACCGUCAAGACCAAGCCAAAAGAACAAACCUCUUUCGGGGGCUUUCGCGCAUGAUGCUUUCUUUAAGUCAGAUAUCACUCCCUCGCAUAGGAUCUUGGGCCCUCGACUCGAAUGGAACUUUGCGACUUUCCAAUCGACCUCUCACUCUUCGACUUCAUCAAUUAGAAAACGGUGGAAUUCCGACGAACAUCAGUCGAAUCUUGACCUACUCAGCAGCGGACUUAUACUACCUCGAUAUUUUGUCUUGCCAUGAUAGUCACAUACGGUAUCAGCCAAACUCUAUAAGCGAUGCGGAUGAUGGCCGAGCCCAGAUAGCAAGAUUGACGAUAAUGAAAGCGCUCCUACCUCAUUUUUCUAACAAAGAGCUUCGAGAAGGGCCCUUCCUAUACAGACUCACCGAUCUCCAUCCCAGCAACAUAUUCGUUGACAGCGAUUGGAAUGUCAAGUUUGCAUGCUCACCUCCGGCGGAGACGUUGCGUCCUCCAUACUGGUUGACUGGUUGUUCAGUCGACGAACUAAUAGACGAGCAGCUUGAAACCUUUAGUGAGGCCUACGAAGAGUUUGUUGGUGUUUUUGAGGAAGAAAAACGGGUUUCCCCUAUCAACAAUGACCAUUCAUAUAGGACCAAUCUGAUGAGCAACGGUUGGCAAGUCGGAAACUUUGGGUAUUUCCAUGCCUUGGACAGCCCGAAGGGUCUAUUCAACCUCUUCACUCAACAUAUUUACCCCCUUUUUGCACCUUCCAGUCAGCCAAAAGACGAUUUUGCACGGGUUGUAUCGGACUUUUGGGCCCCCGAUGUUGAAAAGGUGCUAGCGACCAAGCUCCGAGAUAAGGAGGAGUAUGAAAAAUCACUUUGUCAGAGGUUUGAGGAUGCUGCUGUUAGCGACGAAGAUGGGACUUCGGAGCAUUAG